UCCAGCUCAACCGCCAAAGAAUAACCAAGGACCAUUUCGACUCUGUUCACAGAACAAAGAAAAAACAAAGCGCAUGGCGAAGAAAAUGGUGCAUGUCGGAGGCGGCGGCGGCGGCGGAAUUGGUAAAAAGAGACUCAUCAAACGGAGCAAGAAGAAAUACAUUCACAAAGUGAUCGAUUAUCUGUUAUCAGAUUGCUACUUAUUUGCACCCCUCCUCAUUUCUCCUUCACCCAUAAAUAAUUCUCAUGUCACACCCACAAGAGGUAUCGAAAUUAGAGGACGAACAAAAGAUAACCGGAGUUUGGUGAAGAAGUUUCAGGAUUAUUUGAAAUCUGAUUGCUACAUGUAUGCUUCUCUGGUUACACCAAAAUCCCCCAGACUCAGAGAGAAGGGAGAAACUGGGCGGGUUGAAUACGUAAAGAAGGUAUCAGGGGAAGUAGUAGUUAUGAGUAAUUUUGUGGAAGCUACGGUUAGUGGAACACCACAACGCUCUAUCUAUUCUAAUUCUCCAUCUUUAACACUUUCAGGUGAGCGUGACCCAAAGUUGAGGAGGAGGAUUGUUGUUGAUUGAGCUUUUUUGUGGUCAUUGUUAGAACUUUUUUUUGUUUUUUUGCCCCUUCUUCUUCUUCUUCUUCUAUAGAUUGUGGAAGUUGUAUGUAGUAGUACUAUAAUGCUUUGUAGGAAAAACUGACGUAGGAUUUGGGAGCAUGAGCUUUGUUAAGUAUGUAUUAAAAAGAUUGGAUGUUUCAUAAUUUAGAUCUGACUUGACGUUGAAGCUCUAUUAAUUAGUCUCUUUACCCCAAAAUGUUGAGUUCGUCCUUGUCAAUAUUGAUGCCUCCCCUGCCAUUCUAGCCACUACCUACGACGUCCAACUCUGGCCACCACCUUCAGUGACUUCCGGCUGCCACCAACUUAGGCCACAAACUUGUAUAUACAAACAUUUUAAACACUUUUAAUUUUAAGAAAGAGUUGUUAUUUUAUACAACUUUUUUUU